AUGCAAUGCAUUUGCAUCUUGGAUGACGUCGAUGAUAAAUUGGUGGACAAACCGCAUCUGGUGGAAGAGGCUGGCAUCAGCAUGGGAGAGGUUCACGAAGCGAUGCAUAUUCUGAGGCGAUUGGCAGAUUGCGCGGCUCGUGCCAGAGGACGCCUCCAAAACCAGUUCGAGGUGGUGCGCAUGGAAGGAGCUCCAAACCCUGAGACUCGGGACAAUGUGUCCGCGGAACAAGUUGCAGCUGAGCCUGAGCAGGGCUACCCUGCCAUGCCUUCCUCCUUCGGAACAGGGUCGAUCGAUACGUCCCUGAUGAAGAUGACCAUGCAGGAUGGCUUGAGACCUGGCGGACCUGGCGGUGGCGUGGGCGGCGUUGGCGUCGGCGGCCUUGGAUCCCUUGGCCCGGGACUUUCUGCCGCCUGGGAUUCGAAUGCCGAAUUUCCGUCACAGCGCUCAGUCCAAUGGACCUAUGCCAACGACUGGACAGAGCAAGAUUGGGAAGAUCCAUACUGGGAUGCGUCUCAAGUCAGCGACUCGCAAUGGACGAGACCUCCGAAGCCAAGAACGUCUUCCAGAAGAAAGUCCUCACGAAAAGCCAACAAAAAGGAUGCAGACUCUCACAAAGGUGCAAAGGGAAAAGGCAAGGCGGCGACCUCAGAGCCGGAAAAGAUAGGGCCACCUGCUUUGACAGCAAGUGCAAUGGACCCGCCCUGGUUGCAAUCCAUGAACUCAAUUGCAGCCACCAUGCCACCACCAGCACAGCAGAGCUCCGAGGACAAGCAGCUGAAGACACUCAUGGCGGCGCUGAAGAAACACAGCGAUACACUGCCACCAGAGCUCCAAAACAUGGUCAACGAAGCGGCAAUCAAGGAAGGCCAACAGGAAACCAAACAACUCCAUGCAGUCGUGGCGGCCCAUGGACGAGCACGAAAGGAACUACAGCAGGCACAGCUUGCAAGGUUCCACCUACACAAUGCAUGGAGAGGAUUCCUCAGCCAAGCAGUCACCCAAUGGCAAGGUUACAGUGCACAAUUCAUGGAGCAGGAGAAGCAGAUGAACGAGCGCGUCAGCUCAGCCAUGGAAGCACUGGAUCAAGCCAAAGAAUGCUUGGCGAAAGCCAAAUCCACCGCAGGGAUCGAAGCAAAGGAAGAUGCAAUGACAGUCAGCGACGAGGAGCCCGACAAAGAUCUGGCGGGCUCAACGGCAGACCGCAUCAAGGAGGGCCUCACCAACCUGCAAACCAGCUUGGAGGCCUUGCAAACCUCAGCAGAACAGAUGGUGGAGGACGAGCAAAAGGCACUCAAAAGGCCUCGCCUCGACCCAGCACAUACGGAAGCUCCAAAACCAUCCGAAUCGCAUGGUGGUGCUACGGGGUUUGGCUAG